AUGAAAAGAUUUCUUGGAAGAUCAAAGAAGUCAGAUACUUCUUCAUCUUCGAAUGAUCAACAACUGCAACAACAACAACUGCAGCAACAAAUACCAACAAUAAUUGAAGAAGCUGAUUUCAUUACACCAGUUGGAACAACUUAUUCAAAUGAAUCUCAUGAUUCAAUAACAAACUUCAAAUUUGAUUCUACUCCUGAUAAAACAUCUGGUACUUAUGAUACUCAACUAAACUUAAACCCAAGUAUACUGGGUAUACCAACAUCGUCAAUAGAUAUUCCACAACAACAGCAACAACCACAUCAGCAACAAGUACCUAUUGCCAGUUCAAGUUCUCAUACAGCACCUUCAGUAUCAUCAGCUUUCCAAUCAACUAUCCAUGACGCAUCCCUUUUUUCAAGUAGUAAACGAACAUAUUCAACUAAUCAAUCUUCUUAUGCCAGUGGAUCUUCCAGCGGAGCAACUAAAAAGGAGUUUGCUCUUGGAGGUAGACCAUUACAAAUCUUAAGUAUUAUGGAAGAACAACAAGAAGAUAGAAAUGCAGAAGAAAUCAUUAAUGAUAAAUUAAAACAAUUAUAUGAAGAUUUAGCAUUUAUAAUGAAAGAUGCUUAUAUUAAAUUAAAAUUAUUAUUAGUUAAGAAUUUUAAUGAUUUUGCUAAAACUUUAUCUUCAACAUCACAAUAUGAUAAUAUUCAACCUGAAGUAAUGAUAAAACCUCAAAAUUAUGCUAUUGGUUAUAAUAAUGGAAAAUCAUUACCUAAUGAAGAUAUGAUUCAAAGAAUUAUUAAUAAAAUCGCUCAAACUUCAAUAUCAGUAAAAGAACAAAAUGGUUCAUUCAUUGCUCCUUUGACAAGAGGUAUAAGUAAACAAUUAAAUAUAUUAUGUCUUUAUUUCGGUUAUCCUGAUCCAAAUGAUUAUCAUUAUAAAUUAACUCAAAGUUUACAUGAAUUAUAUGAUGAUAUUCAUAUCCUAAUAACCAAAAAUCAAAUUGAAUUAGCAGCCACGGCAACCGCACCGGCAGCAUUCCCAACAGCACACCCACAUCCCAANAAAUUGAAUUAG